CCUUCGAUUUGUUCACCCAGAAAACUUCUCCUUCACCUCCAAUACACAAAAACCUCCUCCACCUCUUCCUUCGCCACAACCACCGCCAACGCCACCGAGCUGCUGUUGUCUUGUCUUGGGAGUGUAAAGGAAUAUAACUUAUAAUGAGAGAUGGUGGGUUUAAGUAUAGUUUUGGAGGCUCAAAAGGGUGGUGUUAACAAGAAAGCCCCACAAGUGAUCAGCAAAGCCACUAUGAUGAUCAAUAAACCUUCUUCUCCUUUGCCUUCUUCGAGUUCUUUAUCUUUCUACUCAUCUUUACCAGCCCCUACUUUUCUUGAGCAUUGCUUUCUUUGUGGACAGAAACUCUUGCCUGGCAAGGACAUCUACAUGUACAAAGGAGAUAGAGCUUUUUGUAGCGUGGAGUGCAGGUGUAGGCAGAUAUUUAUGGACGAGGAGGAGACCCUGAGGACAGAAAACUGUUCACUUGCUGCCAUUAAACCAACUUCUGCAUCUUCCUCUUCGUCAUCCUCCUCAUCUUCUGCUUCUCGUCACCGCAAAAGCACCAGAAACCGAGCGGGUGGUUUUGCAUAUUGAGAGAGAGAGAGAGAGAUAAGGAUCUGAAACUGUUCUUUUUUUAACUUUUUUCCUUUUUAGGUUCCAAUAAUUUUGUUUCAGUUUUACCCUAGUGUUGCUUUUGUAAUGACGUUGAUAUCCUCUCUUAUCGUGUUUUGCUACCUGGUAUGAAGCCAAAAGGCAUUCAAAUUUCA